GAGCCGCCGCGGCCCGGCCUGCCAUGUCGGAAGCGGGUGAGGAGCAGCCCAUGGAGACGACGGGCGCCACCGAGAACGGACACGAGGCCGCCCCCGAGGGGGACUCGCCGGCCGAGGCCAGCAGCGGGCCCGCGCCGCCGUCCGCCGCAGCAGCCCCGGCGGCCCCGAGCGGGAACCAGAACGGCGCCGAGGGCGACCAGAUCAACGCCAGCAAGAACGAGGAGGACGCGGGAAAAAUGUUCGUUGGUGGCCUGAGCUGGGAUACCAGCAAAAAAGAUUUAAAGGAUUAUUUUACUAAAUUUGGAGAGGUUGUUGAUUGUACAAUAAAAAUGGAUCCCAACACUGGACGUUCAAGAGGGUUUGGGUUUAUCCUCUUUAAAGAUUCUGCAAGCGUAGAAAAGGUCCUAGAUCAGAAGGAGCACAGGCUGGAUGGCAGAGUCAUUGACCCUAAAAAGGCCAUGGCUAUGAAAAAGGACCCUGUGAAGAAAAUCUUUGUGGGAGGUCUGAAUCCUGAAGCCACUGAAGAAAAGAUCAGAGAGUACUUUGGCGAGUUUGGGGAGAUUGAGGCUGUUGAGCUUCCAAUGGAUCCCAAGUUGAACAAAAGGCGGGGCUUUGUUUUUAUUACUUUUAAAGAAGAAGACCCUGUGAAGAAGGUUCUGGAGAAAAAAUUCCAUACUGUCAGUGGAAGCAAGUGUGAAAUCAAGGUUGCCCAGCCCAAAGAGGUCUAUCAGCAACAGCAGUAUGGCUCUGGGGGUCGUGGAAACCGCAACCGAGGGAACCGAGGCAGUGGUGGAGGUGGAGGUCAGAGUCAGAGUUGGAAUCAGGGCUACGGCAACUACUGGAACCAGGGCUACGGCUACCAGCAGGGCUACGGGCCCAGCUAUGGCGGCUACGACUACUCGCCCUAUGGCUAUUACGGCUACGGCCCCGGCUACGACUACAGUCAGGGUAGUACAAAUUACGGGAAGAGCCAGCGACGCGGUGGCCAUCAGAAUAACUACAAGCCAUACUGAGGCAGCAGCAGGAGCGGCCAACUGACGACCGCACACGCUUUGUUUGGAUACGGAGUGAACACAAUUAUGUACCAAAUUUAACUUGGCAAACUUUCUAUGGCCUGUCCCAUGUGCAUCUUAUUUAAAAAUUCCCCCCUGGAAAUCACUCUCCUGUUUACUAUUUCCAGAGCUCUAGUUGUUUUAGGCAGCGUGUGGUGUCUCAGAGGCCAGAGCGGCAUUAGGGGCUGAUUUUAUUACCAGGUUACCCAGUACCAGAUAGGAGGGUCUGAUUCCUGCUGCCGCUCUGCAGCCUGGACCUGUGGACCCUGGUUGUAAAGAGUAAACUGUAUCUUAGGAAACCAGUGUCACCUUUUUUCACCUUUUAAUUUUAUAUUAUUUGUGUCAUACAUUUCCUGUAAUGGAAGUGUUAAUUUUACUGUACUUUUUGGUACCUUUUGGGAAUCUAAUGUAUUGUAAGGUAUUUUACACGUGUCCUGAUUUUGCCACGACCUGGAUAUUGAAGCUAUCCAAGCUUUUGAAAUAAAAUUUAAAAAACCCCCGA